UGUUGCAGGAGUCCCUGAUUUCCGAAAGUACUCCUCCCUCCUCUCUCUCUUUCCCCCUGUGAGAGACAGACGGAGAGAGAGAGCCUACAGUACUGUGCAGUGCAGAACGAGAUGAGGCAGGGAGGACUGUAACCCUGACAUCCACAGACAGAGAAAGAGAGAGAGAGAGAGAGCUCCAAAACAGACACCCAGCCUCUCUCAAAUCACCAACCAAGCCUGGCUGCUGACAAAGAUAAACAGAUUGAAGGAGGAAACCUCUAGUCCUGUAACAUAUCUGACCGUAUCACACACUGUGUCGCAUUACAGGACGUGUGCUUUGUGAUUUGCCGUAUGCUUCGUGUAUGUGAUCUUAGGACAGGGGAAAGGGAUCCGUCCUGUUCAAGACUGCUGGCUUGUGCGGAAGACACUGCCUCGGAAUCCACUGGGAGGAAACGGAGAUACGAGGAGCUAAGACACAGGCAUCCGGCUAGCCCUGCCUAGCUGGGCUCCCCUGCCUGCCUGCCUGCCUGUUUGAAGGAUUUGAAUUCCCGUUCUCCACCUACCGCCUCUGCAUCCCAUUCCGACGUUUCCAAGAAGAGUUUCUGUUUCUCCCAUCCGGAGAACCGAUCCGGGUGCCGUCCCUGCGAUUGCAAGGAGGCGUUCCUCCUCCGUUUGGGAUUUGAGGGAAUUUUGGGGUGAAUUUGAAGGAUUGUUGCUGUUCCAGGUUUUUCUUAGGGUUGCAUUUGUUCCACAGCUCUUGCGAGUGUGUUUGUGAACGGAGCGCUGUGCACGAACCUAUUAAAUCACGUUCGAAAAGGACGUUUACUGGACAGGAUUCAUGAAAGCUUUUCAGGAAACGUUGGGGUCGCAUGAAUUAUUAAAAACAGUUCCUCUGAUGGGAAAAUGAGAUUCUCUGUAAUCUCUCUGCGAUACAGAGCAGAGCUAAAAGGGGACGCUGGAACUGGCUGAAAAUCAACGUUUGUGAUUCCAGGUUCCAAGGCUGUGAUUUCAAGAAGCAGUUUUAGUUUUGGCUUGGCAGAGGCCUGCGUCUCUAUUUCUGAAUGGUUUUGAGUGGCAGGCCUGGGUGCUAGUCUGUGUAACUGUGGAGGUUGCAAGGGUAUGGCUCGCAGUAUGUAAGGUUUCACCUGAAUAAUGAAAAUAAAUCAAAAGACUGUGGGCAGAGAGAAAUCAUUUUUUAAUGUCAAUUUAAUUUGUGAAAUUGAGGUGUUUUUUUUUCUCUAAAUCCUUAAACGGUUUGCGAAAAAGCCACAUUCGAAAUUUGAAACUGGAGUCGCACACAGAGGACGCACGCAGGUUUAGGGUUGAAGAGAAUCGAGGAGUUGUGAAAAAUCCAACCCAUUCCAUUUAAACCCCCUCAUGCCGGCGCGCGAGAACAGGCAGGACGGAGCGGGUUUCAGAGUUUGGUGGGUAGCAGAAACGGGUCCAUUUACAGCAGACCGUUUGUAUUCGAGGGGUCGUUGGUUGUGAGCAGGUAGAAACCGCAGUGAAGGAGAGAGAGUGUUUUAGUGAGUGAGUCGGUGAAUGAGUUCUAAAUAUAAAUGGUGCCUAAUUGACUGGGUAGGUCCGAUCGAUGUCUGCUGCAGGAAAACUAAUUCUGUACAGUAAUUGCUAAUGCACAGGAUGUCGUGGUAGCGCUGUAGUGUGGUUGUCUUGUAAUAUCGGAGUAUGUUGCACUCGUCCUUUGCAAUGUGCUGAAGCUCUCUGAUACGGUCCACGUGCACUUUCACUUGUCGGAACCCUGUACUGGCCGCCACGAGGCUACGGACCCAUGACACAGAUCAGAACCACGAUUCUAGACCCUGAUUUGGAGAAUAGGAUGCUUGAAAGAACUGGACCGGGUGCGCCAAACCCCAGAGCUUUUAUCACGAGCUUCGUUUUAUCAGCUCAGGACUGCAAAAGACAUUGAGAUAUUUAAUUUUUUUUUUAGUAUUAUAAUGAAUUAUUUAACCAGGAAUAAACCUAUUAAGAACACAUCCUGCCACAGAGAGAAACACACACUGUAUUAUUGCUGUUAUUAUUUAGUGAUUUAGCAGGCUCUCUUAUCCAAAGCGACUUCCAACAGGACCUCGUUUGUUUGACGUCUCAUCCGAAGGGCGGAGCACAAGGAGGUUCAGUGACUUCCUCAGGGUCGCACACACACACACACAGAGUGAUUCAGUGAGAUUGAACCGGGAGCCUCCUGCUAUCAAGUCGUUUUCUCUAACCCCUGGACCCCCGUGCCUGCCAUAUUGUAUUGCUGUUGUUAUUGGUGCUGCUAGUGCUGUAUCUUUAGCCUGGUCUGGCUCUCGGCGUUGAUUUUGAGGUCAGACGGGGGCCGCCUCUCUCUUCGUAAGACGCUGACCGCUCUCUCUUGAGAGAGGAGUGAAAGUGAAAAGAAACACCAGCAGGGAAAAUAGACCGAGGAGAGAAGAGUGUUUAAAGACAAAGUGUUGGAUACAAGAGACUUCGAUUCCAGGAUAUAACAGACUGAUUUUAUAUAUAGAUUGUUAUCACUAACCCUGUGCCUGGGACAGCAAUGCACACGUCUCUCUGUGAAUGUGAUUGAGUGAACGCACAAGCACAUAUAUAUAUAUCUCAAAAACAUUUGUAAAGAAAGUUACAACGAAGACAGACCAAGAGACGGACAGACGGACAGAUCCGCCACCAUGGACAUGCUCCCCAAACCGAAAUACAGCCACCUCCGUAAUGAGUCCGUGAGCUCGGUGGACGCCCUGCUCCUGCCCCCCUCUCCCGGGGGGUACAGCUCGGACACGCAGCUCCUCUCCCCCACCCCCUCCCUCUCCCCCCUCCCUCCCCUCGCCUCCCCUGCCCCUUUCUCCCCCUCCUCCCACUCGAUCACCCCCAUCCUGCCCCCUGACGACAGCCCCACCACCCUCUGCUCCUUCUUUCCUCGCAUGGGGGGUCUGCGCCUGUCCGGCCCCGGGGGGCUGCUGCCUGGUUUGAGGGUCUCUAGAGUUGCUGGAGAGGUCUCGUCUCCCCUAACCCCUUCUCCUCUCCCCGCUGAUGCCCAGGAUAUGAAUCGGCUGGGGGCCGGAGGGAGGCGCACGCGCGUGGAGGGGGGUCAGCUGGGCGGGGACGAGUGGACGCGCCAUGGCAGCUUCGUGAACAAGCCCAUGCGAGGCUGGCUGCACUCGGACACCACGGUCAUGGGGCCCGGGGUCUCCUACCAAGUCAGGUAUAUGGGCUGUGUGGAGGUCCUGCAGUCUAUGAGAGCUCUGGACUUCAACACCCGGACUCAGGUCACCAGGGAGGCGAUCUCCGUGGUGUGUGAGGCGGUGCCCGGAGCCAAGGGAGCUCUGCGCAGGAGGAAGCCCUCCACUCGCUCGCUGUCCUCCAUCCUGGGGAAGAGUAACCUGCAGUUUGCCGGCAUGUCCAUCAAUCUGAGUGUGUCCACCAGCAGCCUCAACCUGAUGGCUACGGACUGCAAACAGAUCAUUGCUAACCACCACAUGCAGUCCAUCUCCUUUGCGUCGGGAGGGGACCCAGACACUGCUGAAUAUGUUGCAUACGUUGCCAAAGAUCCCGUCAAUCAGAGAGCCUGUCACAUCCUGGAGUGCCCGGAGGGUCUUGCUCAGGAGGUGAUCAGCACUAUCGGCCAGGCCUUCGAGCUGCGCUUCAAACAGUACCUGAAGAACCCGCCCAAACUGGUCACGCCCCACGACAGGAUGGCCCCCUUCGAUGGCUCUGCCUGGGACGAGGAGGAGGAGGAGCAGCCCCCCCCUGAUAUCCAGUACUACAAUGACUUCCCCGGCAAGGACCCGCCACUGGGAGGACUGGUGGACAUGAGGGGGCCCCGCAGCGCCACCACCGGAGCUACACUGCCUGUGGGUCAGCCGUCGGGGGCUCAGCUGGACUGUCUGAAGCAGCUCCCUGCACUGGCAGGUUCCGCUAGAGAGAGGGACCCCGCUCCGCCCCUGCCGACCGUCAAGCCCUCCGGCCGCUCUGACCUCUUCGAUGACCCCUCAUACGUCAACGUGGACAAGCCCCGCCCCCCAGCCGCCUCCGCAGCCAAUGGGAAUGCACACCGAGACGCCUUUGACAUGAAGCCCUUCGAGGACGCGCUCCGAGUCCCGGCGGCGCCCCCUAUGGAGGAGCAGCUGCGGCGCGAGCUCUGGUUCCACGGGAAGGCGAGUCGGAAGGAGGCGGAGAAACUGCUGCAGGAGAACGGAGACUUCCUGGUGAGGGAGAGCACCACCACCCCGGGACAGUACGUGCUGACAGGCCUGCAGGGGGGGCACCCCAAACACCUGCUGCUCGUCGACCCCGAGGGAGUGGUGCGGACCAAAGACCACCGCUUCGAGAGCGUCAGUCACCUGAUCAGCUACCACAUGGACAAUCACCUGCCAAUCAUCUCGGCGGGCAGCGAGGUGUGCCUGCAGCAGCCCGUGGAGCGGAGAGCGUGAGGCUCCCAGCAUGCCCUGCUCCAGAGCCAGACAAGACGCCUCCCUCGGACACCUCGCACGCACACACACACACGGGCAAAGCACAGACAAUCUGGGGCUUACUUCACAUGCUCCUACAAACACAGACAGACAGACAGACAGACGCUUAACAAAGCUGCAGGCUCCUCAUUCAGUCUGUCAGCAGACCCCACAGGCAAAGAAAAACACGAAACAAGAUUAUUUAGACUUGUUCCUGUUUAGAAAAGUCACAGAUUGGUGAAAUUCUUAAUGAUGUUAGAAGUGACCCAGCUAGUUCAGGAUUAGCUGUUUGCAUUGUAUGUUUCUAGAUCUCAUGGUACAGCCUGGGACUGAGGAUUGAGAUACUCACACAGUGAUGCAGUAACCAAAGCAGCCGCUCCCACAGCAGAGACUGGAGACUUGACAGCAACGCCUUUUAAUUCUCAUAGGCUUUUUAUACUUCAAUCAGUCUAUCUGAUGUGGGAGGGGUUAUAUUAGAGAGGCGGGGCUAUCCUGGAAUGGAACUUCGGAACUUCGGAUGGAACCUUUGACAAAGCACAGAGAUUCUAAUCAUUCCAUAUAUAAAUAGAUGUAGAAUUAAUCUGAUUUUUUUUUUUUUUUUAAGGAGUACAAAAGUGCUCUCGCCUUCCUUUUUUUUUAUAUAUAUAUAUAAACUUGGAGAAGCUUUUUUGGAAAUGGGAGAAUCAUACAGUUUGUGUACUCAUUAUAAUAAUAAUCAGAAGUGGCACAAAGUCUUUUUUUUCCAUACGGAAAUAUGCAAGUCCACUUUUUCUCUCUGGGAAGAUAAGAGGUUGCACAAAAAAAAACAUUUGGGAGAACGCGCACCAGAGAGAACCGCAGUUACACGUGUCUGACACAAGGGGGAGCUUGUCUGUUUCACUGCGGAAUUAUUGUGGUUUACAGCCUAUACAAAUAGCGCAGGAGAGCAGCCAAUGGGAUUCCUGCACGGGGGGUCAUGUGAUGCAGGAGGAAGCGGAGGAGCCGUUGCGUUUUCAUCACCGCGACUGUUGCUUCAACUGAACUUUUUUUUACUGAAUUAUUAUUGUGCUGCAGAAUCCUGGAAUGAAAUCGAAGCGUAUCCAUCUGGACGGAUGGUUCCUGAGCCAAGUAAGGCUGUCGGAGCUCCAAAAGGGCUCUUGGAAGUUUAAAUUCUCAGUGGCUGGAUGGAUGGGUGGCCCUUUUCAACCAAAGCACAUGCACUCAGCCAGAACCCAAGUGCAGGGGAGCACUCUGCUUGUCUGGAGCGGGAGUUUGGGGGGGGAAAAGGGGGGGGUGGAACGACACUGUAAUUUGAAUGACGAUGCUAACAUAGCAAAGUCUAUCUGCAGACCCUGUGAAAUCUGUUUGCAUCAUGUGGUGUGUGUCAGAUGGGAGAUGGGAGCGGUUCAGCUGUACCGUUUAUUCUGAAACGCUGACCAGGAACAAAGCUGGCUUUCUCCUUGUAGAAUAUACUUUCAAAAUUUUGAAUUAGCUGGAAAGCUGAAGUAUAAUUCCUACUGUAAUACAGUAAAAAACUAAACUCAGCAGUAAAAUAGACCGGUCAGCCCCUCCCAUCACCAUCUCCUAUUAAAGACAGUGGAGUGAAGCCCUCUUCUGUGCAGUAGAAUGGGUGCUACUGAUUUCCAUUCAUUCCUGCAGGUGGUUUUAUGAACCCUGCUGUAUGAACGGGUUCGAGCAGUCCGGUUUGUCCCAUGUUGGAAUGCUUGUCCCAGCACUGGUUCUGGACUCUGAUCGGGUUCGUUUUGAAUGGACCGGUCCCGGAGCUCACACAGCCCAGCUCUUGGUUCAUGAGUCUGGCGGAUAUUCACAGGCAACCUCGAUUUAUCGAAACUGCAUCGAACCAGGAGGUGCUCCGAUAAUCAAACUGUGAAAAUUGUGUACCCGACACCUCCUAAAAAAAAAUUCAACCCCUUUACCUGUAAAUACAUAACACAUGACGCUGCACUGUUAAAUAGAGAGCCCAUUGUGUGACCACAGAGCAGGAGAGCACAGCACACAACAGCAGUGCUGCGCUAACCCAUCAUUUGAUUAUUGGAGUCAGUCUUUGCUGGCGAGGGCCGUUGCUGCUGAUUGAGCUAAUGUACCAUUUCCAGUAGAAACGAGGGACGAAACAGCUGCUUGGGUUUGUGAGGAUCACUGCUCUCUGCAGAGUAAGAAAAGCAGCGAUCGUCACAAACCCAAGCAGCUGUUUCUUCACUUUUAAAUCUCGUAAGUCCUGUCCCCAUCAGAAUGUUUCAGCAGCAGGGAGCGUAGGUCUCGCACUCGGAACGUCGAUGACAAAAACAGUGCUGUGUUUUGAUCAAUCGGAUCAGUUAAAAAUGCUCCAGAUCAGCCCGAUCAACACCAGUGAGUCUCGCCAUGAUCAGCCCCUGAUUUCUGCAGAGCGAGCGAUCCCGAUAAUCAAGUAAUCAGCUUGUGCUGCACUGGCUCAACCGGACGGGUUAGAGGCGCUGGCGAUGUUCACUCGGUUUUACUGCACAGAGAGUUCGGUAUAACAGGAGUUUUAAUGCUGCCUCCUGGAUGCUGUUGUAUUACUAUAGAAUCAGCACACAGUCUGUCUGGCUUCCCACACCGUGUCUAUGCAGAGAAUCUCUAUCCUGUGUCCUUCUGUCAAAGAAAAUACAUACAGUCGUCUUGACUGACAUCGCUGGCAUUUAAGGGGGUGUUACACAGCUCUGGCCAAAAGUUUUGCAGCACCCUCUGUCGAAUAAACGAAUUUUGCUUCACGAAGUGAAAUGAAACCUGCUGAAUAAUGUUACGUUAACAUAUUGAAUUACACGCCGCUUUUGUAGUUUUCCUAAUACUUAACGAAAUCCGUCAGGAAAUACUGCACUUCAGUUACGGCUUCCGGUAGACGUUUGCGAUCUCGUUUUGUAGUUUCUUUAUUGCAUGAAGUUAAAUAAAAGAUCUAAAUUAUGUUCAUAGUGUUUUUUUUUUGUUUUUUUUUAUCAAUCCUAAAAUUCUAGGUGGUGCAAAACUUUUGGUCAUAGCUGUAUUUAUUUAAAAAAAAAAAAAAGUUUAUUAUUAAAUACAAACUUUAUUUUUUUCCUUCUCAAAGAAAAAAAUAAUCUAAAUAUAUUUCAUAUGCUUUGUUAUGACCAUGCUUUGUAAAGCACACUUUGUAAUCCCCUAGCUUGUCGGUUCAGUGCGGUGAAGCUGUGUGUCGGGGGGGGGGGGGGGGGGGGGGGUGUCUGGGUACUUCAUUCAAAAUCCGGUUCAUCUCUUGAGCUCUCGAGCCCCCGUCUGGCACUUUUGAGUUUACAGCUUUUUUUAAUGAGUUUGAAAAAGACGAAAUGCAGCGAAACUGUUGAGUGCACAAUCCUGACUUGCAGGGAUAGAAAUAACCACAGUCAAGUGUUAAAACCUGGAAUGGAUGAAACUGCUGUGCAGUAGGAGUCUUAUUCCCAUCCCUGCUGGUGUGUAAACGGGGGACAGUCUGUCUGUCUGCAGCUUCUGAGCCGCGUACGCUCUGUGGUGUUGGGUAGAAGCGACUCCAGUCCUAUCAAGCCUGUUGAUUUGAUUGGGUAGAAGCGACUCCAGUCCUAUCAAGCCUGUUGAUUUGAUUGGGUAGAAGCGACUCCAGUCCUAUCAAGCCUGUUGAUUUGAUUGGGUAGAAGCGACUCCAGUCCUAUCAAGCCUGUUGAUUUGAUUGGGUAGAAGCGACUCCAGUCCUAUCAAGCCUGUUGAUUUGAUUGGGUAGAAGCAAGUCUAGUAUUAUCAAGCCUGUUGAUUUGAUUGGGUAGAAGCGACUCCAGUCCUAUCAAGCCUGUUGAUUUGAUUGGGUAGAAGCGACUCCAGUCAUAUCAAGCCUGUUGAUUUGAUUGGGUAGAAGCGACUCCAGUCAUAUCAAGCCUGUUGAUUUGAUUGGGUAGAAGCGACUCCAGUCAUAUCAAGCCUGUUGAUUUGAUUGGGUAGACUCGAGUCCAGUCAUAUCAAGUUGCUGUUGUUUCAUCAGCUUUUUAGUAAACUUCCCAGCUCGGACCCCUAUGCACAGACCCCCCCCCCCCCCCCCCCCAGUAGAACUUCUGAAGCACAGCCUCUUACAACCCCAUCUCCCCUCUUUAAAGUGUACCACAGUAAAUUUGCACCAUAAUUUUUGCAGUUUUCCCAAUGCUUUUCAGAUGAUUACACUAACCAUGCUUUACCAGACCUCUCUGUACUUUACAAUGCUUCCCUAUGCUUUACCAGACCUCUCUGUGCUUUACAAUGCUUCCCUAUGCUUUACCAGACCUCUCUGUGCUUUACAAUGCUUCCCUAUGCUUUAUCAGACCUCUCUGUGCUUUACAAUGCUUCCCUAUGCUUUACCACACCUCUCUGUGCUUUACAAUGCUUCCCUAUGCUUUACCAGACCUCUCUGUGCUUUACAAUGCUUCCCUAUGCUUUACCAUGUCUCUCUGUGCUUCCCUGUGCUUUCACUGUGCUUUAUCACACUUUGCUGUGCUUUUUCUGUGCUAGACUUUCAUUGGGGAGUUCUCCAAGUGGAUUUGAAAGUGUUAAUGAAACGUGCCUUGGCCCGACCGUGGCCUGAUCUUGGUAAUGCAAUUCUGUUGCGUUAUUGUUUUAUAAUCAUAAGAGGAGCCAAAGACUGGAGGGAAAGGGAGGGGCCAGUAUCUCCAGUAAAUGUUGUGACCAAUCGCAUCUCUCUCUCUCUUCGCCUCCCAUUCUAUCCCCGCCCCCUUGCAGGGAAUGGGAGGGGCUUGUGGGACAGAAUAAGAAAAUGAAAAGAAAAUACACAGAAUCUUAAAUUAUUAAUUUAAUUUAUUAUAUUUGAUUGGGUUUGCCUGUAUUUAUCUUUAAGUGUUAUGGACAAAUCCCUACAAGCUUUAUUGGAGCAAAGAUUAGUGGUAGGAUUGUAAAGUAAAACUAAAACCCAGAACCCUUCAAAACAUAUCUGUGCAAAGGAGAGGAGAGAGAGAGGCUUGAGGUUCAGCCCCCCCUGUCCUUUCCUGAGGUUUCAUCAGACAGGAGAAGUUCCAGGUAUUACCAGCAGAGGUGCUAGAGAGUGCACCAGACCUCUGCAAACUAAACUAAAGCUCUUUCGGGUGUGAUCAACUAAAUAUCUGAUUUUCACAAAACUCCUCUUCCCUGUUGAUUUAAACAAGGUAAUAUUCUAGAACGGUUUUGGGAAUGUAAGAUUGCACAGAGCACCGGGAUGCAGCUUAACAUACAGGAGGCUGUGCGGUCCAGUGGUUAAAGAAACAGGCUUGUAACCAGGAGGUCCACGGUUCAAAUCCCCCCUCAGCCACUGUCUCAUUGUGUGACCCUGAGCAAGUCACUUAACCUCCUUGUGCUCCGUCUUUCGGGUGAGAUGUAAUUGUAAGUGACUCUGCAGUUGAUGCAUAGUUCACACACCCUAGUCUCUGCAAGUCACCUUGGAUAAAGGCGUCUGCUAAAUAAACAAAUAAUAACAUAUUAAAAACACUGGGAACAGCAUGCCUGCCUAACAGUGAAAGAGCCGAAUCAGUGAAAUAUUGAAUAGGGAAAUAUCCAGGGAGUGCAGAGUGUAGCAAAAAGUAUUGCAGCGUGCGUGCGUGUGUCUUUCCAGCGGAACUGUAGGUCAGUAUCUAGAAUGCUUUUCUGCUGAGAAGAUAUUGCUGGAUCACGCUGCUGUGUGCUUAAAAUGAAGGCUUUGUUGUGUUUUUAAAUACACUCUCUUAAAUAUUUGUUUCCUAGAUUCAUUUUUGUAUUGAAACGCAGGAAUGGAAAUAAGACUCCUAUUGCACAGCAGAGUCACCCCUUCCAGGUUUUACUAAGAGCUUGGUUAGGCCCAGUGUGUAUAAGUAACAAGUUCAGAUGUGUCUUAUUAUUAAACUCCUAGCGAAACCAGGACUGGAUCAAACUGCUGUGCAACGGGAGUUAGUUCCAUCCCAGAAACGGGUUGAUGUAUGGAAUGAAAGUACUGUGUUUCUUGUGAAAGCUGCAGGCUGUUCUGUAACACACCCAUCAGUGUCCAUUUAAAGAGUUCUGUACCUUCCUCGCUGGAGAGAGAGAGAGAGCACUAGAACACUGUUUCAUUUUUUAAAACAUGCAAACUUCUCCUACUGUUGAAAUCUUACACCAGCGCUGGUUCCUCAAUGCUUUAUCUUUUCUGUUUUUUGUUGAUUGUCUUUGAUCAUGAUAUUGAUGUCAUAAUGUAUUGUGAUUUAUCGAAAUGUUUUAUUGUUUGUUUGGGAGGAGGUGAGGAGGGGUGGCCUGCUGGAAACAUGAACAGUAGAGCAGGCAUCAAAAUAUCCUGAUAACAGUCUUAAAAUGCUCCCCACUUACUGUGGUGGUCAACAUUCAUAGCACAAAACUAUGCAGUCUGUUCCAACAGUGUAUAUGCAUUUACAUAUGGAUUGAGAUACAUAUACCCCCACUCCCCCAGUUCCCUAUACAAAGAGGUGUAGAUAUAGACUAUGCAAAAAAAAAAAAAAUUGAGAAAUCUCGUGUUUUUUAUUAGAAUUGAUUAGAAUUUUUAAUGAAUCAGAUUGAAGUCAAAAUAUGUUUAAGUGUCUCAUCGUUCUUUAUUGGGCUGGUGUUCUGGCCUGAGUCCGCUAUUUAUUUUUCUGUUUAAAUAUGAACAGAAAUAUUAUGAUUUUCAAAGGUGGAUUCGCUUCCUGUUUUCGGUGUCAUUUAAGACUUUGCCUUGCGGUCCCUGGCACGUUAUUCUUAAUUGAGCCUCCCCACCAGCAGGGGGCAGUCCAGAUUAAGACACAGCCGUUAGCACUCCAUGGGGAGCAAAACAGAGUGAUAUCUAUCAACACUCCUGUAAUCUGUCUCUCAGUAACCCUAACACUAACCCUUGCGUUUGCGAGACCACAGGAUAGGAAAGGCUGCAAAACCUGUACUGACAAAAUCAUUAAGAAUUUAAAAUAUUAUUAUUAUUAUUAUUAUUUGUUCUUCGAUGCAAGUGGAAUUGUAACAUUAAGAAAAGACAAACGUUUAAAAGUAGGAAAUCAGAAUUUGAACACUCCUUCUGUGUUUACUAAGCCUCUUUCACGCUGGCAUGCUCUACCCAGGUCGGAACCUGCCCGGGUCGGGACCCGGUGUCAUGUGGGUCGGGUAUGUGAUUUCACUCUGCUUUUGGUAAAGCAGGGUUGACCUGGGUGACAGACGCAAGCGCACGACGCACGAAUCAGUGCCCUGGAAGCAGCUUGUUACUGACGCUUCCAUCCAAGCUUCUCUGGGUUGAACCGUCGGCCCUUGAUUGGAGCGAAUGAGACAUGAAACUGCUCCCCAGUGUCGGCCAUUGUGGCUCAAGUUCUUCAUGUAUUUACAUGCAGCGCUGGCUCCACUUAGAUCCACAAUGGAGCCAGCUUGACAACCCCACACUGAUCACCUCUUAAACUUUGUUAAACUCUGUGCCUUGACAUCUCAUCCUGAAGUGCCACCAAAUCCUUACCUUUUCGAAACUUCUCCUUUCUGUAAAUACUCUGUUUUCUCUUGCUGUAAUCGUGCAUGUUCAUGAAUUAUUAUAUUAUGAAGCCAAAGCAUAGUUUAUAUUAUUAUUGUAUUCUGUUAUUUUUGCUGUUGAUUUUCUCCACAGUUUGACGAUUGUGAAAUGUUUGAUUUUAUCUUUUGAAUAUAUCAUUUUCUUUUGCGGUU